GCUCUGUCUUUCGCCUCAGUCUCGAGCCCUAGCUGGCAGCCUAGCGUGCGCGCUCUAGGCUCUUCAGAACCCGCGGCUGCCAUCGACGUCGCUUGGGUUUUUCUAGGCUCAUCUGCGCCACUCACCCUCUACACACUCCGUCGUCACAAGCCGCCAUCAUGGUGAAGCUCGCGAAGGCUGGUAAAAAUCAAGGUGACCCCAAGAAAAUGGCUCCUCCCCCUAAGGAGGUAGAAGAAGAUAGUGAGGAUGAGGAGAUGUCAGAAGAGGAAGAAGAAGAAGAAGAAAGCAGCGGAGAAGAGGUCAUCAUUCCUCAGAAGAAAGGCAAGAAGAAUACUACAGUGCCAUCAAAGAAGGUGGUGGUUUCCCCAACAAAAAAGGUUGUAGUUGCUGCGCCGGCCAAGAAAGUGUCUGUCACACCUGGCAAAAAGGCAGCAGCGACACCGGCCAAGAAGGCGGUCACACCAGCCAAAGCGGUGGCGACACCUGGUAAGAAGGGAGCCGCCCCAGGCAAAGCAGUGGUGGCCACCCCCGGUAAGAAGGGAGCCGCCACUCCAGCCAAGGGGGCAAAGAAUGGCAAGAACGCCAAGAAGGAUGAGAGCGAUGAGGAAGAUGAUGAAGACAGUGAAGAUGAUGAGGAUGAGGAGGAAUUUGAGCCAGCUAUGAUGAAAUCAGCUGCCCCUGCCUCAGAAGAUGAGGAUGAUGAAGAUGAGGAGGAGGAGGAGGACGAUGAAGAGGAGGAGGAGGAGGAGGAUGAAGACGACUCUGAAGAAGAGCCUAUGGAGACCACACCAGCAAAAGGAAAGAAGGCUCCUCCAAAAGCUGCUGGGAAGGCCAAGAGUGUGGCUGAGGAGGAGGACGACGACGAUGAGGACGAGGAGGAUGAUGAGGAGGAAGAUGAGGAAGACGAGGAGGAAGAUGAGGAAGACGAGGAGGAGGAUGACGAGGAGGAGGAGGAUGACGAGGAGGAAGAACCUGUCAAAGAAGUACCCGGCAAACGAAAGAAGGAAAUGUCCAAACAGAAAGCUGCCCCUGAAGCCAAGAAACAGAAAGUGGAAGCCGUGGAACCAACUUCAGCUUUCAAUCUCUUUGUUGGAAACCUCAACUGCAGCAAAUCUGCUCCUGAAUUAAAAACUGGUAUCAGUGACCUUUUUGCUAAAAAUGAUCUUGCUGUCGUGGAUGUCAGAAUUGGUAUGUCUAGGAAGUUUGGCUAUGUGGAUUUUGAAUCUGCUGAAGACCUGGAAAAAGCCUUGGAACUUACUGGCUUGAAAGUCUUUGGCAAUGAAAUUAAACUAGAGAGACCAAAGGGAAAAGACAGUAAGAAAGAUCGAGAUGCCAGAACACUUCUGGCCAAAAAUUUGCCUUACAAAGUCACUCAGGAUGAAUUAAAAGAAGUGUUUGAAGACGCUAUGGAGAUCAGAUUAGUCAGCAAAGAUGGGAAGAGUAAAGGGAUUGCUUAUAUCGAAUUUAAGACAGAAGCUGAUGCCGAGAAAACCUUUGAAGAGAAACAGGGAACAGAGAUCGAGGGGAGGUCGAUAUCCCUCUACUACACUGGGGAGAAAGGUCAAAAUCAGGACUACAGAGGUGGAAAGACAAGCACUUGGAGUGGUGAAUCCAAAACUCUGGUUUUAAGCAACCUGUCCUACAAUGCAACAGAAGAAACUCUUCAGGAAGUAUUUGAGAAGGCAACAGCUAUCAAAGUGCCCCAGAACCAAAAUGGCAAAUCUAAAGGGUAUGCAUUUAUAGAAUUUGCUUCAUUUGAAGAUGCUAAAGAAGCUUUAAAUUCUUGUAAUAAAAGAGAAAUUGAGGGCAGAGCAAUCAGGUUGGAGUUGCAAGGAUCCAGGGGAUCACCUAACGCAAGAAGCCAGCCAUCCAAAACCCUGUUUGUCAAAGGUCUGUCUGAGGACACCACCGAGGAGACAUUGAAGGAGUCAUUUGAUGGGUCUGUCCGUGCCAGGAUAGUCACCGACCGGGAAACAGGCUCGUCCAAAGGGUUCGGUUUUGUAGACUUCAACAGUGAGGAAGAUGCGAAAGCUGCCAAGGAGGCCAUGGAAGAUGGUGAAAUUGAUGGAAACAAGGUUACCUUGGACUGGGCCAAGCCGAAGGGCGAAGGCGGCUUCGGGGGUCGAGGCGGAGGCAGGGGAGGAUUUGGAGGCCGAGGUGGACACGGCAGAGGAGGCCGAGGUGGUUUCGGUGGCAGAGGCCGAGGAGGCUUUGGAGGGCGAGGAGGCUUCCGAGGAGGCAGAGGAGGAGGAGGAGACCACAAACCACAAGGAAAGAAGACGAAGUUUGAAUAGUUCUUCUGUCCCUCUGUUUUUCCCUCUUCCGUUUGAAAGAAAGGACUCUGGGGUUUUUACUCUGUUACCUGAUCAUGACAGAGCCUUCUGAGGACAUUCCACAACAGUAGACAGCCCUGUGGCCUACUGGGAAAUCCGUACAGAUAACAUUUCAAGGGAGGUUCCCUGUUGGUUUUGACUGGAUAUUCAUAUAAACUUUUUAAAAGAGAUGAGUGAUAGAGCUAACCCUUAUCUGUAAGUUUUGAAUUUAUAUUAAGUUUCAUCCCAUGUACAAAACCGUUUUUUUUCCUACAAA